AUGCCGAUUAUUACAACAACGACCACAAGAACCACCAGAACAUAUCACACUACAGGAGGAGGACCAGUGUAAGUUUUUUUUUUCAAAAAGAAAAUUCAUUUUUUUUGCAAUGUCUCAAGAUCAACAACAAAACUUGUUAUCAAAAAAAAACACGUAAACAUAAAAUAGCACGUGAUACAAAGAUUGUUGAAAAAAUAUUUUUAUUGGGUGUGUUUUUGACCUUCGUGGGAAGUAAACAGGUUAAUCUUUGAUGACUCUGACUCAACGAAAAAUGAAAUGAGAGAGAAAAAAAAAUAGUUUGAAACGGAGAUUUUUUGAUUGAUGGGUGGUUAUUGUUAUUGUGAAAUAAUUGAGGAUUGGAUAUUUUCAGGAAAGAGAAAUGUUUUUUGAAUCUUUCCAGGUCUGUAAUUUUCUUCUCGGAACCUUUUUCCGAAAAAAAGAAAAAACGAUUUUUUAUUUUUUACCCUAAAAUUAAGUCCUCAAAAAUAAUUUCCAUGUUAUUACACAAUUGUAAAAACCUUUUUUGAAUAACAAAAACCAAUAAAUCAUUUGUCAAGUACCGUAUUCAAUUUUUGAUCCAUUGAAUUUGGUUACAACAAAAAACUAUUCAAACCAAAACCAAAACGAUUUUGCGAAUGAACAUUUCCGACAAUUAUGAUACUUAUACUUUUCAUGUUAUUUAUUAUAUGACCACUCAAAACAUGUGACUCACAACAUUUCAUUAAAUCGUUCAUACAUAUCUCGAUUCACAAAAAAACACCAAGAGUAUUUAUUUACACAAAAAAAUGUCAGAGAAAAUAUUUUUGUUGAUUUCUUUUCUCUUCGUGGAAAAGCUUGAAACACCACUUUUUAUUUUUAGAAAAAGAAAGAAAAAAUAAUUGUUCUGAAAACACAUUUGCACUUUUUCGUUUUUUUUGGAGGAAGAAUGUUAUGACAAAAGUUGUGUGACCCUGUUAGUCAGCAUUUUUUUGUAAUUUUUAAUAAAAAAAACAAUACAAGAUUAAUUUUUUCGUUUAUUUUAUGAUUCAUAUAUUGUUAUGAAACUAAAAAAAUAUUUUUUUUAACAGAAACAACUAUGAAAGAAAUGAAAAAAGAAAAUUGAGUAAUCCGCAUAUUUGAUUUAAAAAAAACUUUUUGCUUGAUUCCAAAUCUUUGAGAAUUUGACAAAUUCAUUGAUCCAAUAACUUAUAUCAUUCUUGGUUAAGAUCGAGUUAUUAAAUGUUUUGUCAACAAAGUUCCGGGACAUAUAACAUUUCCUUUGUAAAUUUCGCAUUCGAAAUUCGAAUCGGAAAAUUUGAAAAUCAACAAUUCAAAUUCUUCCAACUUCCCUCAACUUUUCAAAAUACCGUGAUUUUACUGCCACCAAUUUGUACACUUUUCUAAAUUUCCAGUCUUCAAAAAACAUCAUAUGCCCCAUAAAAGUUGUUUUCUCCCUCACUACACCUUCCUUCAGAAAAUCAGAAAAUUACCAUUUUUUUUGCCGCUCAUCAUUUUGUAUGUAUUCAUGUUCGUAUUGUUGUUGUUGUUGUUUUGUAUCAUUUCUCUCAUUCUAACUAACUAUCUAUUUUCUUUUCUACACCUUGAUUUUAAUAUACACCAAGGCCAUAGUUAGUCAGGCGGGCGGCCAAGCGGGCGGAGUCCUAAGAAAACCAAGAAGACAUUAAAAGAAGAAAAAAGAGAACAUAAAGUGGGCGGGUUUUCAACCUCCCUUCUCUCACAACAUAUUUUUUGUUGAAAUAAAAAACAACACAUAUUUUUAUUUUGAGAGUAUUUUUCUGUUUGAAAUCGAGUUGAGUAUCUAUCUAUCUUUUUGUGAUUUCAGAAUGGGCGAGAUUGCUUUGAAUACCCGUUAUCUUUCGACCAAUCGAGGAAUCAUCAAGAUUGCUCAAGUUGUUAUUGGUUUCAUCAUCUGCUCGAUGUUAUGUACCACAUGGUGAGUUACCAAAAAUAAAAAGAUGAAAAUAAAAGUGCACGAGAUAAGCAAAGCUCGGAAAUAUUAUUCAGGCUUGAAAUGUUUCUGUGUUUCUAAAAACGCUCAGAAUCUUAAUUUCACAAUAUAGAAAGAUCCACUGAUUCACAGAAGUUCAAAAGUAUCCUAUGGAUCAAUUCAUUUGAAGAAAAAUGAAUUUCGCGACAUUUUUUGUCGCGAAAUUGCAAUUCGUGAAACGACACGAAAUAAACACAAAAAUAAAGGAGAAAUAUUAAAGGGACACGUAAUCGCUGCGAGACCCAACACACGAAAAAAGAAUUUCCUCUUUUAUUUUAUUAAUUUCGUGUCGUUUCGCGAAUUGCAAUUUCGCGACAAAAAUGUCGCGAAAUUCAUUUUUUCUUCAGAUGAAUUGAUCCACUAGAUAAAAAAUUCGCAUAUUUCGUCGUCGCAAACACCCCACAGAAAAAAUAAAAAUCAUGACUAAUUUUUCGUCGGUCAGAAAUUCUUUGGUUUUUUGAGAAUUAAAAUUUUUAUGUUGUCCUCUUGAAUUACCUAAACCGGUUUUCAGAAAUUCGAUGUUUGAUGUAAUUCAUUUUUUUUCUUCAAAAAAUUAUCUCUCAUCUUCCAAACAAACCACCAUGAAAAAUAAUUUAUCUUCGAACCUCACUCUCAUAUAUUUUUCCACAUAUCUCUUUUAAUUACCUGUCACGUGGAGAUUAGUGUUUUUUGUUGUGUUGAAAAUAAACAACAUGUGGUACCGUGGGCGGUAGAGAAAUACAGAUGUUCUUAAUGCUCACAAAUAAAAAAGAAGUGUUGGUGAUCUGGAGAGAAUCUUGAAGAAACCAAAAAAUAUUUUUAGGUAUGGUGGAAAAUCGUGUUUCGGUGAAGGACGAGUUGGCUUCGCUUCAGGACUCAACUUUGUUUGUGUUGUUAUCAACAUUGUUCUUUUCAUUCUCAAUGUUUUGAACAUCAAAUCAUGGGGAUUGGAAAGAAUCUAUUCGGCAGUUUGCACAAUCCUUUUCUUGAUUGCUGUUAUUCUUCUCAUCUGGUUUGUUCUCAACAGCAAUCAAACUGGUAGAAUCGUCACUGUCACUGUUCUCAUUGGUGUUGAAUUCCUUUUGUUCCUCUGGGAUCUCAAGAUUCUUCAAGGAGAGGCUUCCAACUAA